UGAGACCAAGGUGUGCUUAGGUUUGAUCAAUUUUCUUGGGGCCGCUUGCUUGCGCAGAUUUUUAUCAAAGCUUCAUGUGCCCUAUCUAUGUUAAGGAUGUUGUUCUUUGCCAAUACCGGACGGUUUCUUUGUGGCUUCCUGCACAAAACAAAUGGGCUGUGGGACUGUGGGUUAGAAGCCUAGAUUACUCCCAGUGCUCCUAGGCACCAUGCAGUUCAAGCAUGCUAAUAAAAGCGAAGAAGAACAGACACAUGCUACCUAAAAAUAAGCAUGCCAAGCUUUUCGUGGCAAGCCACACAUCAAGGUGGCCAAACGUGUUAGCCAGCAAAAAAAAUUCUACAGCUCGCUUUCAUGCCUUUGCUGGCUGCUACCCGCAUUGUGAAUUCGAAUUCACCUUAGAUCAAGGUGCGGCUUGCCCACAUUGCUCGGUGCCAAUCAUACAUUUCUCCGUCUCAGGAUCUAGUAGCUGGCGGUUGUUGCCUCUGAUAGCAUUGAUUCCCUUGAUUGAUCACCAAAAAGGACAAGGACUGGAGGAAACGGGAUAAAUCGAUACAAUUUCGCUGCACGAAACCUAGGCGACCCAGUCCAUGGCAAAUGUGGAUGAUCCGAAGAAUGAAACAUCGUCUUGGUCCAUUUUCAAUUGGAAAAAUAAAGCAGAGAUGGAGGGGCCAAGUGAUGUUCAGAAACCAAGAAUGAGAAGCACGCAAGAGAUCCUCACCAAGUAUAAAUACGACGGGGAUGCUGCCGCGGCAGCGGCUCAUGCAAAAGAAAAGCUCAUGGAGCGGAAGGAAAAACUUGAGAGAAUGGUCCAAGAAUCUGCAGAGCUAGAGAGCGAGUCGGAAAACUUCGCAACCCUCGCCCAGCAGAUUACGAAAUCCAUGGAGAGCAAGAGGUGGUGGAACUGGAGAGCAUGAGAUGUAUGCGCUGUGAUAUCAAAGCGUGUAAGUUGUGGCGUGUCUGGGCAUAAGCUAAAAUGUGAGAGACCGAGACGUUGCCCUUUGCUUUAGCAAGUGUUUGUCUGCUGUCAGUGUCCAUGGCCGAGUUAGCCCUGUGGUGUGAUUGUGAUGGCUGAUGACCAUCCACUUAACUUGUCACCUCCAGAAGCUGAGUUUCGGACGAUCGCAUAAAUGGAGCGAGGAGGCGGUACGUGGAGCUGCGCGCUCGCGGCCACGUAUAGCACCUAGCAACCAUUGGUUGGAGGCUUCUCUGGUUGGAUGCCCAUUGAUUUGUUUUUCUUUGGGAGAA